CCGGCCAUCAAACUUCUCAACCCCCACUAUCGCCGGAACUCGUGCCGUACAAUUGCUAUGGCAGCACCCAAAGUCGAUUCUUCGGGCGAGUCAUUGCCUGAACACGCCGCCGGAAAGUGGUACUCAGUACCAGAUCUCCGGCUCCGAGAUCACUGUUUCACUGUUCCUCUGGAUUACAGAGAUCCCGGUACUUCCUUAAAGAUCUCCAUUUUCGCUCGGGAAGUCGUUGCUGUUGGUAAAGAAGAUCAAUCACUACCAUGCCUCCUGUUUCUGCAAGGUGGACCGGGUUUUGAAUCCCCGAGACCAACUGAAGGCAGUGGAUGGAUACUUAAAGCUUGCGAGGAGUUUCGUAGAGGAACAGGAUUAUCAACUCCACUGACAACAUCGUCCAUGCUGCAAUUUAAGUCUGCCCGGGAUUUGGCUGAUUACUUGAAACAUUUUCGUGCUGAUAGUAUAGUCAAUGAUGCUGAGUUUUUCCGUGUUCGACUUGUUCCUGGUUCUGGAUCCUGGACAGUUUUGGGCCAGAGCUAUGGAGGUUUUUGUGCCGUCACCUAUUUGAGUUUUGCACCACAAGGAUUGAAACAAGUUGCUCGUCAGAAUGAAAAGUACUACAAGAAGUAUCCUCAGGAUAUUGAAGUUGUUCGUGAAGUUACAAACUAUUUGGCAGAAUCUGAAGGGGGUGGGGUGAGGCUUGGCUGCAUUUGAUCCUGGUUCUUUACUCGAAGCUGAUAUUUUAGCUAAAUCUUUUUAAUGUAAGCUUCUUUUUGUGCAGGUUCCUCUUCCAUCUGGGGACAUCUUGACCCCAAAGGGGCUACAACUUCUUGGUCUUUCUGGUUUACAAUCUAGUGCAGGUUUUGAACGCCUUCAUUAUCUGUAUGGCAAAUAUAACUCAUAUUCGAAU